CUGGAGACAAACAGAAGCACCUCCCCUCCGCGCGGACUGGAGAAAAGCUUGCGGAGCCAGACAGAGUGAAACCACAGCAGGCUGAAGCGCAGCAGGAGCAGCUCACAAUGGAAGAAGUUCUGGCUCCUUUGAGAAAGGCUGUGAAGGACCAGGGGGACUUGGUCCAUCAGCUGAAAGAGGAAGGCGCCUCAGAGCAGGAGGUCAGCAAAGCUGUUGCAGAACUGAAAGCCCGAAAGAAGACUCUUGAAACGAAGGAGCUGUCUUUGCAGUCCAAGGAUGACACAGUGGACAGAGUGAAAAUGGAGGACACCCUGAAGAGGAGAUUCUUUUACGAUCAGGCCUUCGCUAUAUAUGGAGGUGUGAGCGGCCUGUACGACUUCGGCCCCGUCGGCUGUGCCCUGAAGAACAACAUCCUGCAGGUGUGGAGGCAGCACUUCAUCCAGGAGGAGCAGAUCCUGGAGAUCGACUGCACCAUGCUGACCCCGGAGCCCGUCCUCAAGACGUCCGGACAUGUGGAUAAAUUUGCAGAUUAUAUGGUGAAAGAUGCCAAGACGGGAGAAUGCUUCCGCGCUGAUCAUCUUCUCAAAGCUCACUUAAAGAAGCUGAUGUCUGAUGAGAAAUGUUCAGCGGAGAAGAAAGCAGAGAUGGAGGAUGUCAUCACCCAGAUGGACAACUACUCUCAGCAAGAGCUGGCUGAUCUGUUUGUGAAGUUCAGCGUGAAGUCUCCGUCCACGGGGAACGAGCUCACAGCCCCCAUCUCCUUCAACCUGAUGUUCCAGACGUCCAUCGGGCCGGGCGGGAACAUGCCUGGUUAUCUGAGGCCUGAAACAGCUCAGGGGAUGUUCCUCAACUUCAAGCGCCUUCUGGAGUUCAACCAGGGGAAGCUGCCCUUCGGCGCUGCUCAGAUUGGAAACUCCUUCAGGAACGAAAUCUCUCCUCGCUCCGGACUCAUCCGCGUUCGAGAGUUCACCAUGGCUGAGAUCGAGCACUUUGUGGAUCCCAACGAGAAGAUCCAUCCUAAAUUCUCCAGCGUGGCUGACCUGGAGAUAACUCUGUUCUCCUCCAAGGCUCAGACCAGCGGCCAGUCUGCACAGAGCAUGAGGCUGGGAGACGCCGUGGAGCAGGGAGUGAUCAACAACUCUGUGCUGGGCUACUUCAUCGGGAGAAUCUACUUGUACCUGCUGAAAGUGGGACUCUCCAAGGACAAAGUUCGCUUUCGGCAGCACAUGGACAACGAGAUGGCUCAUUAUGCCUGUGACUGUUGGGAUGCUGAGUCCAAAACCUCCUACGGCUGGAUUGAGAUUGUGGGCUGUGCUGAUCGGGCCUGUUACGACCUCUCAUGCCACUCCAGAGCCACCAAGGUCCCUCUGGUGGCAGAAAAGCCCCUGAAAGAGCCCAAGACAGUAGAUAUCAUUCAGUUUGAGCCCAACAAAGGCGCCAUCGGCGUGGCCUACAAGAGAGACGCGAAGCUGGUUCUGGAGUACCUGGCCAUCUGUGACGAAUGCUACAUCACCGAUCAGGAGAAACUUCUCAGUGAGACUGGGGAGUUCAGCUUUGAAACCGAGGGCAAAACUUUCAGACUCACCAAAGACAUGGUGAGCGUGAAGCGCUUCCAGAAAACUCUGCACGUGGAGGAGAUUGUUCCCAAUGUAAUCGAGCCUUCGUUUGGCAUCGGCAGGAUCAUGUACUCCAUCUUCGAGCACUCGUUCCGCAUCCGACAGGAGGAUGAGCAGAGGACGUAUUUCAGCUUCCCUGCCACUGUGACUCCGUACAAAUGUUCGAUCCUGCCUUUGAGCCAGAACCCGGAGUUUGCACCCUUUGUCCACCAGCUCUCUGAGGCGAUGACCAGGAACGGCGUGUCCCACAAGGUGGACGACUCCUCCGGGUCCAUCGGGAGGCGAUACGCCAGGUCCGAUGAGAUCGGCGUGGCCUUCGGCGUCACCAUCGACUUCGACACGGUGAACAAGGCUCCUCACACGGCGACGCUGAGAGACCGAGACUCAAUGAGGCAGAUCCGGGCCGAGGUCGCUGAGCUGCCUGGGAUUGUUCGAGACCUGGCUAACGGCACGCUGACUUGGGUGGAUGUGGAGGACAAGUAUCCCGUCUUUGAGGGACAGGAAACCGGCAAGAAGGAGUGACCAGUCCAGGACUCCUCACCACAUACAGGGACCACAUUAACAAUAUGAUUCAUUUUUUUUACAUUUUACAGGGUAUUUUUUAUGAUGAGAGACGUAAUUUUUGCAUUUAUGAAGGAUAGAAUAUACAUAUCUGAGACUCUCUCGUUCUCCUAUGCAGUGCUUUUACUUAUAGAUGAAGUUUAUUAACUACAUUUAAAACUUCAGCUUUGCUACACAGAGAGGAAAAAAAAACCCAAACAUAUAUCAAGCAGCAGGGUUAACAGUCCCCUCAGGCCUGCUACCUCAAACACCAUCACCUGAGUAACUCUGGUAACAGCGCCUAGGGAAUGGGCAGCAAACACACAGAAUAUGCUGACCUGGUUUCAUACGUCUUCUCAACGUUGUGGCUGUUUGUUACCUUUUUUUCAAUAAACCACAUACUACCAGUA